AUUCACAAAUCGAUCGAUGUCAUUUUUUAAAUGAAGUAUAAAAGAAUGAUCACCGAUAUAUAUCUUGGUGCCGUGUGCAGGUGUUACUCUUGGUUUAAAUAGCAGGUCAGAUUAUCGAACAGACACAGACUUGAUUAGUUCUCAAAGUGGAGCUUUCAAUCAUGUAUAAACUCCUUAUUCUGUCGUUGGUCGCCUUGGUGGCAGCCCAAAAGGCGUCCUACGAAAAUUACCAAGUCUUCAGUGUUCUUCCAUCAACGGAAUCACAAUUGGAAAUUCUUAGUCAGAUCGAGGAUUACGAUGGCUUCUCACUUUGGAAAACAUUAUCUGCGGUGAACAUGACUGUGGACAUCAUGGUAGCACCAAACAAGUUAGCAGAUUUCUUCGAUCUGAUGAAUGUUCUUGGUACACCCUACAAGAAAUUCAUCGACAACGUUCAAGACUUGAUCGAUUCCGAGAUGCCGAAGGGACAGUUAGCCAGUUUAGAUGGCUUUAGCCUUAACACGUAUCACACGAUCGAUGAAAUUUACGCACAUUUGGACAAUCUCGCUAAAGAUUAUCCUGACAACGUCAAGGUCAUUAUAGGUGGAUCAAGUUAUGAGGGUCGUCAAAUCAAAGGAGUGAAAUUGAGUUUCGGCCAAAACAAAUCUGGCAUAGUAAUUGAGGGUGGAAUUCACGCGAGAGAGUGGAUAUCACCUGCCACCGUUUUGUAUAUUAUCGAUCGUUUGUUGAACAGUGCUGAUCCAGAAAUUAGUUCACUUGCCGAAGCACAUGACUGGUAUAUCUUCCCGAGCGUCAAUCCCGAUGGUUAUGCCUACACGCAUACCAAAAAUCGUUUGUGGAGAAAAACGCGCAAACCUUACUCGUUCUUCUGCUACGGUUCCGAUCCAAAUAGAAACUGGGGAUACAAAUGGAACACCGGUGGCUCAAGUUCGAAUGCUUGCUCGGAGACAUACGCUGGAAGUUCCGCAUUCUCGGAAAUCGAAACAAAGACUCUGUCCCAAUACUUACGAUCGAUAUCUGACAAGUUCUUCGCGUUCAUCUCUUUUCAUAGUUACUCGCAAUUAUUACUCUUCCCUUACGGUCACACGAGGGAACAUCUUGAAAAUUACGACGACUUGUUGGCGAUCGGUAAAAAGUCGAUAAAUGCGCUUGCUAAAAGGUAUGGAACCUCUUAUCAAACUGGAAAUGUUGCCGAAACUAUAUACAUCGCUACCGGAAGUAGCGUAGAUUGGAUCAAAGGAACUCUGCACAAACAAAUCGCCUACACCUAUGAAUUGCGUGAUACCGGAAGAUACGGAUUUUUACUUCCGGCAAAUCAAAUCAUUCCCACGGGAGAAGAAAUUAUGGACUCUUUGGUAACUAUGUUCAAAGAAGUGGCUGCACGAGGUUAUAAAUGAGCCAAUGAAGAAAAAAAACUUGAUGUAAUGCAUAAAUAUCGUUAGUGUAAAUAUUCCAGUACAAACUACAUUAUGUUAAUAUGACGUAGCGUAAUUCGUCUGAAAAUUAGUAUAGAUUUGACUGUAAGAUAUCGAUGAACGCUUCCUUUAUUUUUUAUUUCUUUUUUCUCCCUUAUUUCGUUUCUCUUACGUUCUUUGUACUUGAGAAAAAAACAACAACAAAAAACAAAAAAAAAAACAAACAAAAAAAAAAAGAGAGAACACGAACGCAUUUUGAUAUAGUUAUCCUUUUUGCUGCCCUUCCAAAUUAAGGUCAUUUUCGCCAAAUUCAAUCUCACGUUAAACAUUAUAACGAUAUUAUUGUAUAGAUAAUAAAUAAAUGAAGAAAAGUCUACGUGUAAUAACACAAUAAUACAA